GUCCAAUGCCAAUCAAACAAUAGUCAUGUUAAGAGACUACGCCGACCAUUACAGUAUCUUGGAAGGACACAAGAUUUCUCUGAUUAUCCCCGUUAUUGUUAGCUCGGGAACUGUGCCGAUAAGAGAACGCGGCCGCGUGUGGCAGUUUCCUUUCAGGCUUUGCAACAUCUCCGAGAACUUAACAACUGCAAGUGUUGACCACUAAUUCAACGAUUCAACUCCUCCUACCUAUAACUCCCACAGUCCUAGAAUAAUUUGCUAUACAAUAAUGACCUUCCUCACAGAGCGAUGGCUACGCCAACAUCCGAGUGCGUUCAACCUCCUGCUGAAGAGAUGGUAAAACGCGUGGAAGAGGACUCCGCAGGCGGCAAGAUCCAACUCCUGUUUCCAGAAACAACCCGAUAUCCUAUGCCUCCGAACAUGACUAGGGCAUUAGUAUAUACCUACUUGCAUCCACCAAAAGAUUGUGAGACCACCUGUGAAUCAAUCACUGUUUCAGCUGGCGUAGCGUUCAUGAGGACUGUGAAAAGAUUUAAGUUGAUUUAGCACUGGAUUCAGAAGUCCCUCAGUGUAUUUCGAAAUGUCCCCGGUUGGUAAGGUGCAGGGAUUGUUUCACAAUCCGGUUCGGCCUCAGGAUCGAAUAUGGUACACUGGAUAAGGAUGAAUUAGAUUAUUGGCGAUACCAGAAUAGUGCAGAGAAUACCUUUCGACAAUCUGUCUGGUGAUGAAGUCCGCCAACUGCAGUCGUAGCCUGGCUGAGACUGUGUUGUGAGAGCGCAGGAUUCGGUGCCAUGAGUCUAUAUUAUUUGUUUGUGCACCAGGCUGAGUUCACGGAAGUGUAGUGAUCAACAUUGCUUGUGCAGAUUGUCGGAAGUCCAACAUUUCGAGGUCAUUCAUUCUAUAGGUUGCCGCGCCGGCUCGCAAGCCUCGGCACACCUUCCCGUCUUCUGCCACGGCGAAUGUUCGGUAACCUGCCUGACUCCUGCUUUGGAAGAAGCCGAAACCGCAUAUCUCUUGUAAUCUUUGGAUUCUCAUCUUCUUUACUCACUCUCCUACGUCUCCUUCGCUCCUAUGCAGAGUUUUCAUCUCCGCCAUGCCCUCGACCUUGGCUUAGUCUGUACUGCGUGCUAUGACCAGAGUCCCUUUUAUUCCAAGUCACGUAUUUGCGAUGUGAAUCUGUAAAGACCCUCCGAUAACAUUGCUAUAUGCAGACUCCACUCCCUCGAUGUCCUCUUUUUGUGCUCUGAUCGCUCGUUUCAAUCUUGCAACGAGCUGUUGACCAAGCACGAUGACAAUCUUACCGAGCGACGCUUGCCCUAGCGGGUCAUAUACGAAGCCUGUAACACUAGCCCACAACAGUGGCUUAAGUUGGGAGGAAGUCGAAGAGGAGGAUGACAAUAUGCUUGUUAAGCUACCGAGAAAUCGCCUCAGAGAAGAGUUUCUAGAUGAUAUUCAACAGCAUACAUCUGAUAUCGGUGGUAUUGUCGCUCACCAUCUGUCUCUGAGCAAAACUCAGCAGUGCAGAAUCGCCGACAGAGCAGAAUGGUUGUAUGGAGAUUUCAAUGCUUGUAUCCCAAUAACCGUCUCCAACUGGCGAGCGCAGCGACUCUUACUGAGAUGUCCCUUCCCGCACAUGGUCGGGCAGUCAUUCGGGCUAGACGAGAAGAUUCGAUGUGAAGCUGCUACAUUUGCCUGGAUCUCUAGCAACUGUUCCGAGGUUCCUACGCCACGCUUGUGGGGGUUUGGUCUUCCCAAUGGUCUAAGUUUCAAGCAUAUCAAAUAUUUACCCUGGUACAGACGGAUACUUCAAUAUACCAAGAACUACUUUCGAUCCUGGUUUUCGCGAACACCAUAUUAUGCUCCCUUUAUUCCGACAAAUUCUCGGUUUUCAUUGCAGUCAGGUUAUCUUCUUGUGGACUUUAUCGAGAAAGAGCAAGGGAGAAUGCUUUCUGAAAUAUGGCCACCUGAUACAGAUGAACAAAAGCAGAACUUCUACAAAAGCCUAUCAAAAAUAAUGCUAGAGUUAGCACGUUGUCCAUUGCCCACAAUUGGCUCUUUCACGGUUCACAACUCGGGUGAGAUUAGCCUUAGCAAUCGCCCCUUGACAGUUCGACUCCCUUUAUUCGAAGGCGAAGGGAUUCCUAUUGAUAUACCAAGAGAUCGAUGCUACCUAACAACUGAGAGCUAUGUGCACGAUCUCUUAAAGUGCCUUGACUCAAAGCUUAGGUAUCAACCCAAUUCUGUUCGCGACGAGGAUGACGCAAGGGCUCAAAUGGCAUGUCUGACUACAAUGCGAUAUUUAUCUUCACACUUUAUCCUCGACAUGCCUCAAACAGGGCCAUUUUACUAUAUCUGGACGGACCCUCAUGCAAGCAACAUAUUCGUGAACGAAGAAUACAAAAUCAGCUCCCUUCCGGAUCUUGAAUGGUUCUGCUCCCUUCCAAUUCAAACACUACACAUUCCUUUUUGGCUAGCUGGACACGACGUCGAUGAGUUUGGUGGAGAGAACAAGAAAGAUUAUCGUGAUAUGUGUACGGAGUUUCUGACAAUAUUUCAACGAGUGGCUUGCGAAUACUCUACUCAACAUUCUCAACAUUGUACUGAGGCUUUGCAGAGAACACUCGAGGUUGGCACACAGUGGUACUGGGCCAGUUUAUAUCAGCCCCGUGCAACAUACAAUCUGUUUCUGGAUCACUUGCAGCCUCAGUUCGCCCCAGAACACUCGACCGGAUCGGACCUGUUACAAUACGAAAGAAUCGUGGCCCAAUAUUGGACGAAAGAUGCAGACGGCUUCAUCAAGCAAAAGCUUCGUGAAAGAGACGACUAUCUGACCAGGUUGAGGUUGGUUAAUGGCCGGUCUUGCUGAGUGAUACUGCUUGUCCCUUUUACUUUUGCUCCUUCUCUGCUUGCUCGCGGGCUUUCUGGCGCUCUUCGGCUUUGUCUUGCCUGCGUUUGCGAGCCGCCUCUGCUGACGACAUCAUCGUCCGGCCCUCGAUUUUUUUGACAGGUGUGCUGUCUUGCUGGGUAGCAGUAGCGACCGAGUCACUCUGACCUGAGUAUGUUGAGGAUGUAACGGAGUUGUGCUUGGGAUCAGGCAUACUGAGGACUCGGUUUAGCGUGUCUUGCCGUAUUUUGCUUUUGACUUUCAGGUUGUUUUCGGAGGUUUAAACUACAUCAAAAUAUCGGGACGUGAACAGUGAUUGAUAUAUUCUGUGCCAGUGUGUGCAGCACUAUGCCAGUUGGGUUUCCAGGGUUGUUUCAAAAUGUGCUACUCAGGUGUAUGGAUCUGCUCGGCGAGUGCAUGUGAAAUGCGCCACCAAUAUUCUCGCAGUGUCUAUUGUUCGUUUCGGUUGAAGUCAACCAUCCCGUUCAUCGGAGAUGGGGAACGUUCGGGUGCUCUCAAUCCUGUUUGCUGCCACAGGAACAUGGAUCGCAUCAUGCGACGUUAGACAGGCCAGCGCAUCAGACUUGGUGUGACAUUUCAGCCCAAUAGGCUCUUGGCUUUGCUCCCAGUUUCGGCUCAACUUUGCUUUCCACCCAACUUCGCUUUCCUCCCAACUUGGUCUUACGUAGGAAAGAUAGCGAACUUGAGGUUGGCCUUCUUGAUCCUUGUCCGGUCGAGUGGAAAUAUUCUCAGGUGGCAGGAACCAUUUUGAGCAGGGCAUUAUCCUGAAUCUGCGAAGUACGAGGCAAAGGCUCCAAUCACCCAAUCGGUCAAGGGUCAGCAGUGAAAUCUUGUUGGCAUGCGCCAUUUCGAUUCUGCUAUUUGUGUCUUGACUAACCCAUUC